UAUGUCAAAAAAAUGCUGAAAAUCGAUUCAAAUUGACAAUUCCACACACAGGAGGGUCGAAAAGUCUAGCAAGGAAAAAAUAUGAGAUGGAAAUUGAGAGUGGCCAGCCUGUGAGUAGGGGUUUAUUAUACAUUGCGACGCAUAAGAAGAAAGAUGGAUCUUUUGUGAAUGAAGGACCACGAACUAUAAGCGAGAAAAUUUCUGAGAUUGAGAGCCAAGGCACGUCUUCACAGUCAGUCUCCUUAAAUGAUUCACUUGCUCGUGUGCUAGGAAAAGAACAUUCAGGCCGAGUUCGAGGUUUGGGCUUCGGUCCUAGUCCAAACCAAGUUUUUGGGACCACUGCUCAAUUCAGUGGGACACCCUCGUCAUCCAAUAAUACUAGUACACCUGUUGUACAAUAUGUGAAAAAAUUGGAGGAAAAAUUAGAGACUAGUCAACAAGAGGUUCGAAGUUUAAAGAGUGCAAUGGCUUAUAUUUUCACCAAUAUCGUGGGGAAUAUACCACCUGAGUUUGCUGCUAUGCUCAAUACAAUGGCACCAGAUGCACAUAGUGGACCAGUGUCACCAGUAGGAAGGCUCUCUUCUAAUGCAAGUCAUGACAUUCAUCAGACCCAUCAAGAUCCAAACCAACAAAGUUGAUGUGAUGAUAUGGAACUUCAUUUUGGAUAUUAAAUUGUUUAAAAUAUGUUACAUAUUUGGAUAUUUAAGUUGUAUUG